AUGCCUCGAGAAGUGUUUUCGUUCCAGCAACUCUUCUCAUCAUCCGAACAACCUUUAUCGAAAAUACCACACCAAUUAUCAACAUUUGCAUCAUCAUCAUCAUGGCUGGUGGAGUAUAUUGUGAAUCAAUGGAAUGAUCUUCAACAGCAACUAUUGAUGCCAACAUUCGUGGAAGACCACUCGGCAAAAAAUCUUUUUCGUUCCGAUAGGGUGCUCAUGAACUCGGAUUCUGUGAGCCUUGGCAAAGUAAUUUCAUCAAAAUUGGAUCAAGCUAGCGCAACUUCUCGCAAUUCGACCAUUACUGCAACGAAAGCAAUUGUGAACAUUUCAAUUUGGGGAGUGGAAGAUUUAUUAUUUUUAAUAAUUUCUCUAGUGGCCCUGAUUUUAAUUUUACGAUUACUGUAUUUCAAGAGAAAUAGCAGAAAUUCGGGACAACAUAGCAUUCCAUCAUCACCACCAACAACAGCUAUCAACGAAAAUCCUGCAUUAAUUGGAGCAACAACAAAACCCAGCCCUUCUGAGAUAAUGUCCAAAACUACCUCAAAGGUUGUACACGCUUCUCACGCUAACAGCAGGGAGAGUUAUUUCUUUCCACAUAGCUAUGCCCUAUUCAUCAAUAUUAUUCUACUAUGCUUAUCGUAUUGUACCAUCCUAACAUUACAAUGUGUAUACAUGGGACAAGAGGCAUACAAUAUUUUCAAUGAGAAAAAUAAGCACAGUAAUGAAGCCAUUCUCUCCAUAGAAAGUACUGUGAGAGGACUAUUUUCUGUUGUGUUCGUUUUCCAGAGAACUUUGAGCCUUAAUUACUUUUUCAUCCUCUACAGUUAUGGACACAAAAAAGUAAUUCACAAAAUUGUUUUCGGAUCAUUACUAAUUUUAUCAUUCAUUGACAUCAUUCUGAACACUGUGUCUCAUAUUUUAAAAAUCCUAAUGACUUAUUACGAUAUUCGAUUUGCUGGGCAGGACACAAAAUAUAUUGAACAACUCAUGAUUCUCAUUUCAGCAUCAUUUUCCAUCUUCAUGUCACUCAGUAUUGCUGCUCUUUCACUAAUUUAUGGCAUGUUCCAGAACCAUUCUUUGAGAAAAUGUAAAAUAAGAAUACUAUUGUUCAUUUUCAUGCAUCAAUUUGUGUGGGUGAUUUAUGAAACAUAUAGGAUCAUUUCACAGUUCGAUAUUUUAUUUGGAAUCCAAUUAGUGUCAUGGGCUGACCUUAUUAUGCAAUGCAUCCUUUUCUUCUUGAUGAUUAUUUACUUGCUAUUUGUUGUCAUUACGAUUGGAGUUUUUAACCGAGUGCAUAAUCAUGUUCUCAUUCAUGAUGAAUGGAUGGCUCUUGUGGAGGACGAGGAAGAUGGCGAACCAACCAUAUUCGAUUUUCAAUCAAAAUCUCGUGCUAUUCAAAGCAAUUCAAGAUCACAUUUAUUCGAUCAAGUUCCAACACAUUCACUUUCUCCUACUCGAUCAUUCCUUAAUGAUACCAGCGAGGGUACCUAUGGAGCGAUGGGUUAUGGAAGUUUGACUUUGGGUACGAGAAAAGCAACACCAAACACGAGUUUAGGGCUUGAAAGUUCUGCCUAUUCCACCAAACCAACACAACCAUCAAAUAGUGCUCGUGUGAACGUGUCACAUAGGUCUGAGAAUGUUCCCAUACUUAAAGAAGAACCACCACCAGCGAAUACAUUGAGUUCGAGUGUUCAUUCUUCCUCGUCGUCAAGUUGGCACAAAUAG